AUGAAUAGUAGAGUUAGACGUGAGGCUUUAGAGCGUAUCGUUGGUGAGGGUUAUAGGAAUUGUAUAUGGGAGUUGAGAAUGAACACAAAUGCCUUUGCUAAUUUGUGUGAGUUGCUCCAAGUUCAAGGAGGACUUACCGAGGAUGGUCAUGUAAGCCUGCCGGAGCAGGCUGUGAUACGGAUUCAAAGCAUUUUAUUUGCCAAGGCUACACUAGUUGAAGAGGAUUGUGGUGACCCCACAUGGAGAAAGUUUAAGGGUUGCUUGGGAGCAUUAGAUGGCAUUUAUAUAGAGGUGACAGUCCCCGAGUCGGAGAAGGCAAGAUACCGAACAAGAAAGGGUAAAAUCUGCACCAAUGUCUUAGGUGUGUGUAACCGAGAGAUGGGUUUUGUCUAUGUACUCAGUGGAUGGGAGGGAUCGGCGUCUGAUUCACGGGUACUUCGAGAUGCAAUAACUCGUCGUAAUAGUCUUAAGAUACCCCACGGUAACUACUAUUUAGUUGAUGCUGGUUACACAAAUGGUCCGGGGUUUCUCGCACCGUAUAGAGGCACUCGUUAUCAUGUAAGAGAGUGGGCCCAAGGAGCACGUGCACCACGCAAUUACCAAGAAUAUUUUAAUAGGGUGCAUUCUUCCGCAAGGAAUAUCAUUGAGCGAUGCUUUGGUUUGCUGAAAAAGAGGUUGUCCAUCUUAAGAAGCCCUAGUUUUUACCCUCUAAAGACACAAUCUCAGAUAAUUAUUGCCUGUUGUUUGCUGCAAAAUUUCAUUCGAAAGAGUAUGGAGAUGGAUUCGGAUGAGGAAGGUAGCAUAUUGGAUGAAUUUAUGCCUGAUGGAGACGAAGAACAGGAUGGAAUGAUUGAUGUGGUGAAUAUGGAGAACAAGCUUAUUUGGAGUGAUGAAGAGACUAACGCUUUUGUUGGCUUCAUGGAGGAGUUUGUCGCAGACGGUCAGAGGGCUGAUUGUGGGCAGUUUAAACCCAGAACAUUCGAGAAACUGGCUCUGAAGAUGCUGGAGGCCUUCCCCGGUUGUACACUGACCGCGAAGCACUGCAAAAAUAAGCACAAGCGGUUGAAGGAGAAGUAUCAGUACGCCGCUGACAUGCUUGCUUGUAGCGGAUUCGGCUGGAACCAUGACAAACAAUGUGUGGAGGUUGAUAGCAAAGAUGUCCUUGAUGCAUGGUUGAAGGCACAUCCGACCAAGUUCUACAGUCCUGGCAAGCCAUUUUCUCUUUUUCACCGAAUGGAGGGUAUAUUUGGCAGGGAUAGAGCCACAGGAGCAGCAGCAGUUAGUGGUUUUGAUGCAGAGGAACAGGUUAAUGAAGAGACAGAAGACACUGCAGUUGGAUUUGAUGAGUCUGAUAUGUCUCCAUAUCCAGACAACGGCGGAGGGCCAGCAAUCAAAGACAAGCAUCACAAUCUGAAGCAGGUGCGAGUGUAG